CUCCGCAAUGCUCAUGCAAGCCCAAUCGCAAUCUCGCGAACCAGCCACGCCUCGCUCAUCAAGCAGGUUUGUCGCCGAGAGCCAAACCGCCCUGGUCUGACAAGGAUGUAUCUUUCAGAGGUAGGUCUGUUCGACUUUCUUCAUUCUCCAUACCAAUCCAUUUCCUCUUUCCCCUUCAAGAGCCGUCAUGUGUCUUGUCAGUGUGAAAGAAGACCACGACGACUAUGAAGUCCCAGCCCGUGUCGUACGCCGCGACCGUCGAAGGUCUCCUCCUCGCACCACCAGAGUUUCGCGCGCCUAUUAUGAAGAACAACCGCGACCUACAUAUGUUAUACAGCAACCGCCGCAGCCACCUCCGGUCAUAGCAUAUGCCCCACCAUUUGAGCAACACGACCACCAUGAUCACCAUAGCCACUACGAUCCUCCGCCGCCGCCUCCAGCACCACCGUCAGAAAGACACUCACACGCUGGACACUCACACGCGGGGACUUCGCAUGCCGGUCCGCAAUACGUCGAAGUAUCGCCAGCCUCGCGCUCCAGCAGCAGUAGCAGCAGCAGCUCAAGCGACGGCGGUCGGUCCAAAGCGACUUCCCGCUCCAGAGCUACUGGCGCACGCAGCGAAUACCACAUGCGCGAAAAGGAAUACCUGCAUGAACGUAGAAGCCCACACGGUCCUCCCGACCACAAGGACGAGUACGAAACAUAUCGCUACGUACAACCUCCCGGCAAUUCGAGCCGUCCCCGUGGCAGCGGCAACCUCGAUCCUAGGAGCAGUCAGAUCGAGGAUCCUCGUGCCAGUCGUUCAAGCUACAACAGGCGAGAGAAGAUUGUAGUCGAAGAUGGCUUUGGCGGUAGGACGCGAGAGUAUCGUCGUUGAUUUUCUUCUUCUUCAGAACCUGAGCAUUUGGACGCAACCUGUCAGGCUUCACCAUACUUUGCAUACCAUUCUUUCAUGGCCGGCCAUGUUUUCAUUUUUCAAUUCUGCUAGCCAUCUUGUGCAUAUACCUUUUCAAUUCUACCCGCAAUUACU